AUGGCUUCAUCAAGAGCCGUCGUGCCAGCUGCUGAUCUUCAGUCUUUCACUGAAUACCUGAGUGGCUGCAAACGAGUCAUUGCCCUCCUUGGAGCUGGAAUCUCCGCAUCAUCAGGCUUGCCUACCUUUCGUGGCGCCGGCGGACUCUGGCGUUCAUAUGAUGCAACUUCUCUAGCAACUCCAGAGGCCUUUCAGAGAACUCCGGGUCUUGUCUGGCAGUUCUAUAGUUACCGCAGACACAUGGCCCUUCAGGCUGAGCCUAACAAAGCACACUACGCUCUGGCAGAGUUAUCGCGGAGGAAUCAGGACUUCAUUACGCUCAGCCAGAACGUUGACGGUCUCUCCCCGCGAGCACUCCACCCCUCUAAACAGCUACAUCUACUACACGGCAGCCUCUUCGACGUCAAGUGCACAUCGUUCUAUUGCGAUUAUGUCCGCGAAAACGACUUCACAGAUCCCCUAGUCCCAGCUUUAGACAUCCCCAAAAUGGCAGCAGGCCUUAAUCCCUCCGCGACCGACAAAACCGGCGAAGAAGCAGCGCAAGCUAUCCAUAAUGCUAUGGGCACAAAUGGAGAUGUAGACAUCUCCGAUGCUAGCAACCCGAUACCUCAGCUAAAUGAGGACGAAUUGCCUAAAUGUCCUAAAUGCAAGAAUGGUUUACUCCGUCCGGGUGUUGUAUGGUUUGGAGAGGCCCUGCCAGAUAAAACGCUUAGUGAAGUCGACCGUUGGGUUGCAGCCGGUCCUAUUGAUCUCUGUCUAGUUAUUGGGACCAGUGCGAGAGUUUGGCCGGCUGCGGGAUAUGUUGAUGAAGCUCGUUCUCAAGGUGCACGCAUUGCUGUGUGUAAUAUGGAUUCUAGCGAUACUCCCGGUGAUCUCCAGUUUGGAGAUUGGUUUUUCCAGGGUGAUGCCGGGGUAAUUGUACCCGAAAUUCUGAAGGGUGUUAUUGGUGAGAUUUAA